AAGUAUCAUCCUGCGUCCAACUUUCAACAUGGCUACGCUGAAUGCGAGAGUUGAUGAGGAGGAUGCAUAUGUUUAUGUGUAUGAUAGACGAUCUUCUGGUGCUCCAGAAGUUAAAAUAUCAACAGGAGGAUUGUUCACCUUUUCUGAUUUCAAAGACAGAGUUUGCGCUGCUUUGAAACUUCAAGAAAAAGAUAAGUUUGUCAUCGCGACAACAAAUCGAGAGGAAAUUAGCGACGAUAAAUCAUGGGACCAUAUUGACAAGGGAGACACACUUUACAUUCUGACUGACCUGUCUCAAGAGCUAUGUGCUCCAGCAGAGGAACGUGUCAACUACCUGCCACACUAUGAUACCAUCGUCAAAGGAGGGAUGUACGAGUAUUAUGCAUCUGAAGGACAGAACCCACUGCCAUAUGCUUUUGCUGAACUGAUUGAUAAUGCCUUGGCAGCGACAGUCUUCAAUACAACAAUGCGCAGCAUUGAGAUUCGUCUGCAUUUUGAUGAGAACCCACAGCGAAGCUGUAUAAUAGUGUUGGACAAUGGCAAAGGCAUGACUCCAAGGCAGUUGAACAACUGGGCAAUUUAUCGCUUAUCUAAAUUCACAAGGCGAGAUAAAACAAUCAGAGGCUAUUUGUUUGGCAGAGAAGCUUCACCAAGUUUGACAGACUCAAGCACAGAAGAGAGCAUUAGCACAAACUCUCAUGUUGCACGCUACAUGAACAGCGACAUCUCAUACUUUGGUGUUGGUGGAAAGCAAGCCAUUUUCUUUAUUGGAAAUGCCACAAGGAUGAUCAGCAAAUCUCGGGGUGCUUGUGAUGUCCAUGAACUGACAAUUUCAAAGGAGGAGUUUGAGAAGAGGGAGAAAAACAAUGAGGCUAUUUAUAGUGGCUACAUUCGAAACCGAAAGCCAGGGGAUACCAGCCACCUUCCUGCAGAUGAUGACAUAGUGGCACGUCUGAUCGCAGAGGAGACUGAACGGGAUUCCUUCACAGCUGUGGUGAUACAGAACAUUGUUCCAGAACAUAUCGUUUACCUGAAACAACAUGUGUCUGUGUGGACAAGACAGCUUGCACAUAUCUAUCACUUCUACCUCCAUGGGCCAGAUGGCAAUGUUGACAGACAAGAUGAUGCAGAAACACAGCCUGCAGUUAUUCACCAAAAUAUUGACAUUAAGGUGAAGCUGCAUAUUAGAGGUCAUGGUCGUGAUCCUCAGACCUCCCGGGUUAUAAACCUGCAUGAUAUCACAGAUGACAUGCAAACACUUUUUGUAAGAUCAAGUGCAGCAACUUUUGAGUUCAAGGCUAUUGUGGAUGGGUCAAGCGCAGUAGAGGGGGUGCUGCGAUAUCAUCCAUUUCUUUAUGACCGUGAGACAUAUCCAUCUGAAACCUUUGACCCAAGAGUGGAGCCAGAGCCCGAAGAUGAUCAUGGUUAUGCCAUCAAUGAACAGCGUGCACGUGGCAAACGACCAAUCUUUGAGUGUUUUUGGAAUGGUCGCUUAAUUCCAUAUACCUUGAUUGAAGACUUUGACUGGUGUUCUCUUCCAAAGAAAAACAGAAGUUUACCUGUGGAGUGUUACAACAGAAUUUCGGGAGUAUUGUGGACAAAUGAUUCCUUUCAAGUCAGCACAAACAAGCUAACAUACCUUGAUUUGGAGAUGAGACUUCGAGACAAGAAUACUGCUUUCACACGGGUUUUCAACGGGCAUGAUAAGCGUACUCAGAUCGACAAAGAAUUCUUGGCAUGGCUUAAAGAAUGUCAUGAAAAACACGACAAACAGAUUCUGUUCGCUGGCUUCAAGUGUGUUAAGACUCGUGUUGACCUUCCGCGCCACCGUCAGUAUCCUUGGUCUGUUUUUCAGCGUGUGGAAUGGGAUGGUCGCACCUACAAAGAGGGCCAGAUGGUCCGCAUUCUUCGUACCACACCAACUUUACUGGGAACUAUUCGGUGUUUUCUGUUGUAUGGUGAUUACAGCGGUGACGUUUACUCUACAGGUGGUGAAAUUGAAAUAUCACAGGAGCCAGUGUCUCUCUACAAUGAUGUCAGAGUGGUCCCCCUGUCCAAACUGGACCGCCUUGCAUCACAGGCCACCAUCAAACACUGUGUGGAGGAAGAGGAGGCCAAACUUCCUGAUCAGCUGUUAGUAUCAUGGCCCAAUGGACAGGAAGUAACACAGAAUGAAAAACGGCCUGCAGGAAAAACUAUUGGUGACAUCAAAGUGGAGAUAAUAAACAAAAAGAAAGAGAAGAUCUCAAAGAUUCCUAGCUCUGCUCCAGGGACCAAGAAGCUUCUUGUAGAACUCAAGGUCAUCUGGCAUGCUCCUCAGGGUGAUGAAGUGAUUGUGUCCCACAUCUCACAGCAUGGCAAGAACUGGCCAUAUUGGUUCCGAAAAAUGGAGAACAUGAAGAAUCUGGGUGCUCACACUAUUGAGCUGCAUGCUGUCCUUAAUGAAAGUGGUGCUACCACAUAUGCUGGACGUGAGCUUCCGUCUCAUAAAAUAAAAUUCACCAUUGUUGAGGCUGAACCUGAACAGUUUACAGUUGGUCUUUUGGAUGGGCCUUUCAAGGUUGGCGUGCCUUUCAGCAUCCCUCUAGAGUUUCAAGACAAGUUCCGUAAUCCUACCAAGCCACCUGCGAGAGUGAAGCCCUCCAUUAAAGCUGAAGGGCUGGAACUGACGUAUGAUGGUGUUUUACUGCGCAACAGCACCUUAUUUCUGAAAAAUGUGGUUGCCAAGGGAUCUGUGCCCAACAGUGCUGGGAAGAAUUUUAAUCUUGAUGUCAGCAUUGAGGGAAUGCAUGAAAUGCAAAGCAUGAAAAUCCGCUUGAUGCCAGGUCCACCCGCCUCCAUGACAGUAAGCCCAGAAGAGGAAUUGGGUGUUGAGAAUGGCAGUGCACCAACCUUCACUGUCAGCGUGUUUGAUAUAGCUGACAAUUUGACUUGUGAUGGAAAGCUGGUUGUUACAGCAAAGUUCUCUGGUGCUCCCAGUCUCCCCACCUACUCAGUUAACUGUAACAGCACUGGUGUCACCAUGGUGACAGGAGAACCCAUAUGUCUUGAGAAACUAGAUGAAAAAACUGUCAUAACGGCAACAUUUCAACUUCAGGGUUACAGCAACAUUCCUGCCAUAGAAAGGAAGUUGCACAUCACCCCAAGUGGUCAUGUAAGCUCGCUUGAAGUCUUCCGAGAGCUAGAAGAUGGUAAACUGUCCCAGAUACAAAAAGAUGAUCAAGUGGAGGGGGUUGUAGGAGAGACAAUCCAGGGGUUGAGGUUCAGAAUACUGGAUGAAGGUGGCCAGGAAAUCAAAAUGGACGAUAAAAUGGUGAACAAGGUUAAGGUGAACUGGGUGCCAAAACCAAGUAGAGAUGCCAUCCUAGCUGGAAGACUGCCAGAUAUCAAAGUGCCAACAUCUGUCAGUGACUGGAAGUACUGUCAUGUCAGUGUCAUGGAUGGCAAUGGUGUUGACUUCCAUUUCUCUGUCAGAGGGCUGCCAGGCAAGGCUACUCGCAUGCAGUGUAAGGUUGGGGGUCAGGCAAGGGUGGAGCUUGGUCAUGUCUUGGAGGCAGACAUUGUUGUCACUCUGACUGACACCUAUGGCAAUGUAAUCCAAGUUCCACCAACAGCUGUGAAGGAGCUGGUAGUUGCAUCUGAAGAUCUGAUGAAGGACCAGUUGAAAAUAGCACUUGAGGGGCCUUCUCUUGUAGUACAGAAUGUGCAGUUUGACACUCAGCGAGUGGGUCUUCAUCGCUUGUCUCUGUCAUACUCUGGGCUUCAAGAUAUUGUGCCAUGCGAUGUUGUCUCGGGGCCUCCUGUAUCCUUGGACAUGCCAGACUGGAAUCCAGAAAUGCCUGUCACUGUUUACACAGACAAUGAACUUCCCUUCCCAGUCAAAGCUCACCUGCUUGAUGCUCAGGGCAACCCUUCACACACUGCAGACAUAAGAGUGCACAUAACAAAAGAUGCAAAAUUUAAGUUGUUACCUUCACCUCAGCCGCUGAAGACAAAUGCUGAAGGCAUUGCAGAUUUUGGUAAACUGACCGUGUCUGGGCCAACAGGUGUGUUUGAAUUUCAGCUCAAGGCUACAGUUGAGCGUAACAUAAUCUCAGGCCCCAAAAUUAGGGUCUCCAUCCAGCCAGAUCCUAUGAAACCACGGGAACUGCAAGUGGAUUACAGCAAAAAUGCCAGCUUUGUAGUUGGCCAAACUCUUCCAGAGUUCACAGUGAAAGUGAUUGCAGAAGAUGACUCACUGCUAAACACCACCACAGCCAGUCACAUUUCCAUGAAAGUGUGGAAGUCAGACAGUGCAAAACAGAAUACUCCUCCAGCAAUGGCAUUGUCCUUGAGUCCAGACACACCCAGCAAGUCUUCAGCCGGUGUGUUUGUUUUUAGGAAUCACACCGCACCAGAGGGAGCAGGUGCCUAUUUUAUAAUGUUUGUCUAUUUUGAUGGAAAGUAUGAGCUCUACAGCAGUGCUGUGCCUGUCAACUUAAAGGCCGGUCAGCCAGUCAAGCUUUGCCCUCAGGAGACGCUAGGGAUGCCAACAGUGUCCAACACUCGCAGUCCUGGGAGUCGAUGUCUUUUGCGAAAUCUGAAAUUACAGCUUCAGGAUAAAUAUGAUAACUUGGUCACAGAAGGUUAUGAUGGGGAAGUAAUUCUCACAAUCUUAGGACCGGGCACUGAGAUCCCCACACUUGUUGGUGGUACACGAACUUCAAGCUUUCCAAUGAAAAAUGGCCAGGCAACACUCCAAAAUGUGACAAUCCAGGAGAACUCCCCAGGCAAGGAUGGCAUGGAGUACAGCAUACACUGCACAGUGUCCUGUUCAGCAAUACCUCGUAACCGUAGUAUUCCCGUGUACAACAUUCCUUUCCUCUUCUACAAUGAUGCAAAGAAACAGUCUCAGAUGGCAGCCCUGUCCAAAGAGCGUGAGAGUCUUCAGGCCACUAUUCAGGCAUACAAGACCAUGUUCCAGACACAGAGGUCACUGGUGGAUGAACUUCGAGUUGCCUUGCAUGAUGCAGCACAGGAGGAGCAAAAUCUCAGAGCAGAGCUGAGGAAACAAAACAUACCUGAUGCUCAGCUUGAAGAUAUUGAAUCAGUUGAGAAACUAAUAGGUGUUCGCAUUAAGGAGCGUGAUCAAAUUCUCAGCACACCUAGGCGUACAUGUGGCCUAGCACCAGCUCCUGACGAACCAGAUGUUCUGGGCAAAAUAGGCCACCUGGCACUUAUCGAGAACUCUGACAUCGCUCGUGUUAUUUCUUGGCAUAUGUCGGCGGACAUGGAUUGUGUUGUGACAUAUACAACCAAAAAGGCCCAGGAAAUAUACAGCAGGACUCAAGGCCGCCAACAAGUGUUGCCACUGGACUCCAUCUUUCGAAAAAAUCUGCCUGAUUGGAGCAAGCCACUGCCUCAUGUGCGGUACCGGCCCACCUGGAAACCUGCAGGACAACCUAUGUAUGCACGCAACUUGCUGCAAUUCCCUUCUGAGCAGGAAAGUUGUCGUCUGGUGUUUGGGAUGCUGUUGGGCGACACUCUCAUCCUAGACAAUCUAGAGCAUGCCAAUGCUUAUCGGCAAGAAAUUAUCAAACACAGCCACUGCCCUACCAUACUUACCUGGCAGGGGGAUCGAAUUCGCAGCAAUGGAAAGUUUGGUGGAACAAUGAACAAGGCAGUGUCUGUUGAAAAGCUGCGUGGGGCAGUGUUUGGACAGCCUCUGCCCAUGGCCUACCAUGCUCUCUGCACACAGAUUGAGUCACUAGAGCACUACAAGGAGGCACUGGUGCACCAUGUUCAGGCCCAAGAUGAACUGCAGGAGGUUAUCGUGGCUCAGAAGCAGCCCGAGAUGGCGGCCAAGUACAAGGAGUGUCAGGAGGCUGAGACUCAGCUUCUGGAAGUGGAGAGGCAACUAGGAGUGGGCCCGCCAUCUCGUCUAAGACAAGCUGUGUCUCAAGCGUCAGGCCAUGAAAGUAAUGGACCGACUCCAGCCAAACGCUCACGAGGAUCAGUGGGCUCAGCCAGCAACUUGUUCCAGUCACCGCUCAAUGGCAGCAUGGGAAAGUUAUCUGAAAGUGAUCCAAGCCUCACUCCAACACGCACCAGUCUUCGCAUCGCUUCCAUGACAACAGUUGUCUCCGACGACGGCCGUAAGAGGUUAAGAAAAACUUGAUUUAAGAUCACUUUCUGAAGACAUCAGUAUUUUCCUAGAUGCACAGCUUAUGAGUGAGACAUCCACACAGAAGCAAGACUGAAUCUGCAGUUUCAGGCAUCAGCGGAGUUCAGUGGCUGAAAGAACAGGAUGUUUCUCUUGAAUGUGAGGCUGGUGAUGUGUUUGUUGUUUUAAAGGAAACUUUUAUUAGUUGAUAAGAAGCAAAUGGUGCUUAGUUGUUGCUGCUUUCACAUCUUUUUUACUUUGUAUAUUUAAGGCAAUUUAGUAGAAAAUCCUAUCAUAUCAUCUGGUGUUUUUACUGUAUUUUAUUUUGUAUAUUUGGGAAAAGUUUCAGAAUACUCUGUUGUUUGUAAUUCAGCUGGUUUUUCAUUACUGUGGUUGCAUUUACUUAAUCAGGAAAAAUUGAAAACUCAUUUUUCUGUGUACUUGUGCAUCAUCAAUAAAUUCAUUAAAUAUUACAUUAAAUAUUACAUGUGUGAAUGACAAGCAAUAUUUCAUCUCUGUGAACAUGUCAUCUUUUGGACCACUAGGAUCUAAAGAUUCAGAUGUUUGAAUGCAAGAUUCAAUUCUGUUUUUUCCUUUCAUAAAAUGUUAUGAGGAAAAAAGUGAGUAUACACAGACAGAAUAUACAGACAGUAAAGGGUUUUCUCACCACCUCUGGCCCCAAGCUUACUGAAGAGGCACUCUUCUUUUAACACUAUUUAGGAUUAGUAGCCUUGAUAUUUGGGCUUGGCAUCUAGAUGACAUUGAUAGACUAGACUUCAGAUUUAGCAGGUUAUGUCAACGAGUUUUCUGAUAUUUAGGUGGAUUGUUUUCUAAAAGCCAGUGUCUUGUGACUGGGAAAAAUGUGUGUGCUGGACCAAAAGGGUACAAACAGCAGAGGUCAGUGGAUGCCUUUGAGUGUCUGAUUCAUGGUAAAAACUACAGUGAAACAAACCAGUGAAUGAAACAACCUAAGGUCAGAAUACCACUAUUCAUCUUGUGAUUCCACCAUAGUUCCUGCUGAGACAAAAUUCUGUCAUUGGAUUCUUGCUGGGAUAAAGUGUCAUUGGAUUCCUGCUGCAGUGACAGUGGAUUGCUAUCGUCGCAUUGUCAUUAUAUUCCUGGCCUCAGAAUCCUGCUGUCACACAGUCCACCGUAGUAUGUGUGCUGUAGCCACAAUCUGUGCUUCCUGGAAUGCUGCAGAUGACAGAAAAUUCUAGAGAAUGACCGCUUUUGAAAACGUUUUUGCUUGUAUAUUUCUCUAUUUAAAGCUCUUUUUACAGUGUGCUUAUUUUGUUAUUACUAAAGCAUUUCUUGCAAUUAGAGUACCAGAAAACUCAUACUUGACAAAAAAAAAAAAAAGCCAAGCGUGUAACGGCUGUAUUUAGCAAACAGGUGAGGGGACUACAGAUGUAAAUAUCCUAACAAAUUCAGUAGCAGGUGAGAACUGUAUGAUAGCUACAUUUCUAAAUAAUUCCGAUCAUCUGCAACAAAGCAGAUAACAUCUGCAGUGAGUGUAUGUGUGCAAGUCUCACCUGUACUUCCAUAAUAAGGCAGCAUAUUUCAUCACUAUUUGUAUUUGGAAUUUUUUUAAUUUCUUUAUGAAGUUACCACUUUUAAUAUACGUGUACUGAUGAUUUCUUUUUGAUGCUGUUUGUUAAAUUGUAUGUGUGUAAACUAACAGCCCCAGUGUGAACUGUUAGAAUGCUUGUAGUUUGCUACUGGAGGUAAUGUUGUUGAUUAAGAAUGAGUGAUGAAAUUCCACACGUCGAGACUUUGUCAUGUCUUCAAGUAAAUAAAGAGACAUGUGAAAACGCUAUUGAUAAAACUAA